AUGCCCAUUUUUACGCACUUAUUCCCAGUUCCACCCAAUAUAGACGAUGCCCUUUCAUCUAGUGACAUCAUCGUGCGCGAGGGCGAAAAUGUGACGCUACGCUGCAAGGCGCAAGGCAGUCCCGAGCCGACCAUCAAGUGGAAACGAGAUGAUGGCGACAAAAUAGUUGUCAACAAGACGCUCUCAGUGCAUGAAUUGGAGACGGACUCCCUUGAACUGGAAAGGAUUUCUCGCUUGCAUAUGGGUGCCUACCUAUGCAUCGGCUCAAACGGUGUACCGCCAAGCGUGUCCAAGCGGAUCAAAGUGAGCGUGGACUUCACACCAAUGGUCUGGAUCCCGCAUCAGCUGGUGGGCAUACCAAUGGGACUUAACAUCACCCUUGAGUGCUUCAUCGAGGCGAACCCGACCUCACUAAACUAUUGGUCUCGCGAAAACGAUCAAAUGAUCACUGAGUCAUCCAAGUACAAAACCGAAACGAUUCCAGGGCAUCCAACGUACAAGGCGACCAUGAGACUGACGAUCGCUAAUGUUCAGAGCAGCGAUUACGGCAACUAUAAGUGCGUCGCCAAAAAUCCUCGGGGCGACAUGGACGGCAACAUAAAGCUUUACA